CAUCAUUUCUUGUUUAACAAAACACACAACAACACCAUGGCUUUUAAAGUACUCGUCUUUGCUGCUCUUGUCGCUUACGUCAAUGCAGGAAUAUUUGGCGAAGCUCCAGUUGCAGCCCCAGUGGUCUCUGCAUACUCUGCGGCACCCGUCGUUGCUGCAGCACCCGUGGUUGCUGCCCCAGCAGCAGUUUCAAGGUCUUAUAUCCAAACUUACAGUAGCCACUCUGCACCACUCGCCGUUGCUGCUCCAGUUGUCGCCAAAUCAGUGGCCCCAGUAGUGUCUGCCUAUUCUGCACCUCUUGCGCUACCAGCAGCGGCUCCAGUCAUCUCUUCCUACUCCGCACCGGUUGUAGCUAAAUCAGUAGGACCAGUCGCAUACUCUGCCCACGCUCCAGUUGUAUCAGCUUACUCAUCUCCAUUAGUAGCUCAAAGCGUAUCCCCUGUAGCUUAUGCUGCUCCUGCUCCAGUAUUGUCAGCGUAUUCUUCUCCAGUUGUUGCCAAAAGUGUAGCACCUUUAAGCUAUGCUGCUCCAGCUCCAGUUUUAUCUGCAUACUCAGCACCAGUAGUUGCCAGGAGUUUUGCACCAGCUCCUCUUGCUUAUGCUGCACACGGAUCACCAUUGGUAUCUGCUUACUCUUCUGGACCACUUGUUCAACCUUGGUAGACUGUAUAUCGACUGAUAUGUAUGUAUUUAUUAUAUUAAAAUAAAAAUAUCGCUUAUA